AAAUUCUCUCUCAAAAGUACAGACAAGCAGAAGGGCAUUUUGUUCACCCGGGAGACAACUUGUUUCCAUAAUCGACACUUCUCAGUUAGUAAUGCAUUUCCGUAUAAUAAUAGUCUACAUUUCUACUACACACAUCCAACACAAGAGCUGUAUAAAAAAAUUCUGAAUGAUUAUGAGCAUUUACGACUUCUCUGUGAUUUCUCACACUUCCUCCGAGGUUUUAUUUAGUCUACGACAGGCUGGAUUAAGAGGACAGAGGGGGCAUGUUGUUUGGGUGUUAUGGAAGCCCUGCAGUCAGGUUUCGAGUCUUGCCUGGGGACUCCACGGGGAAUAAACGUCGAUUUUUAGCCGCUAACACGGUGCAGCAAAAUAUUUGUUUUGUGCGUUUCUGGAGAUGAACUUCAACUGGUUGCCUUGGGCAGAUGAGGAGGAACGGAUUUAUCUUCCCCGCGGUCCACGUCAGCAAAAUAUUCCAAGAGCAGGAUGCUGCGAGGGCUGGUGUGCGGCCGGCUGGGGCCGCUUUGGAUGUGGAAAGCUCUGCUGCUCUUCGUGGCCAUCGCUUUCGCUGGACAACUGCUGGGAAUUAUCUUCAGCAAAAGCAGCGUCCAGCCGGCCGCUCGCUCCAUCUUCUCAUCCCCUGACGCCCAGGGUCCGUCCCUGGGGCCGUGUCGGCCCCACACCCACAUCAUGUUCCUCAAGACCCACAAGACGGCCAGCAGCACUGUGCUCAACAUGCUCUACCGUUUCGGGGAGGAGCGCGGCCUCCGCUUCGCCCUUCCGCUGGGCUACCAGCUGGGCUACCCGCUGCCCUUCAGUGCCCACAGGGUCAAGGGCUACCGGGGCCCUCGAGUUGUCGAGUUCCACAUCAUGGGCAAUCACAUGAGAUUUAAUAAAGCUGAGGUGGAGAAGGUGAUGCCUGCGGACACCUUCUACUUCUCCAUCAUCAGGGACCCCGUCGCUCUGGCCGAGUCCUCCUUCGCUUAUUACAAAGAAGUGGCACCCGCGUUCCGGAAAGCUAAAGGCUUGGGCGACUUUGCGGACGAUCCCGGCAAGUACUACGACCCGCGCGCCCGCAACAACCACUACGCCCGCAACUUGCUGUGGUUCGACUUCGGCAUGGACCACAACGCCAACUUCUCGGCGGUUCUGGCGCGGCACGGCGAGGCCGUGGUGCGCCAGACCUUCAAGCUGGUCCUGGUGUCCGAGUUCUUCGACCAGUCUAUGAUCCUGCUGCGGCACGCCCUGUGCUGGCCUCUGGACGCCGUCGUGUCCUUCAGCCUCAACGCGCGGCAGCAGAAACCGGACGGCGGCGCCGGCGCCGCUUUGACCGACGGAUGGGUGGGCAAAGUUCGAGGCGGGCGCUUGCCCGCCAAAGCGCCACCCAAUCUGUUCCUCACGGAGGAACAGCGGGAGAAGCUGCGCCAAUGGAACGCCUUGGACUGGCACUUGUAUCAAGCUUUCAACCGGACCUUCUGGCGUGAAGUGGCCGCGUUCGGCGCUGCCCGGAUGGAGCGGGAAGUGGCUCUCCUGCGGAGCCGGCGCGAGGCCCUCGCCGGGGCCUGCCUCCGGGACGGCGGGAAGCCCGUGGAGGCCCACCGCAUCCGAGACAAAACCAUCAGGCCCUUCCAGAGCGGCUUGGUGAAAAUUCUGGGCUACGAGCUGCAGCCGGGGCUGGACAACGGCACCAGGAUGUCCUGCCUGAGAAUGAUUCGCCCCGAGAUCCAAUACAAAGACACGCUGGACGCCAAACAGUUUCCGCGGGCGCAGUCGCCGCAAGCCCUGCCGGGGCUGCAAAGCCCAAAGUUAGCCUCUGAUAGGUCUUUUUUCAAACUAGACCCAUCCAGGACAGGGGAGAAGGGUCGGGACCCGGGAGGGAGGACAGGGGAAGAGGGGCCGCGGGACUGGGACGGAAGUCGCUUACUUAGCCGCAACCGCAACGAGUCCACCGCAAGGACGAGGAAGCGGCCAGCGGUUUAAGUGAACUCUCCUUGAACUAAAAACUUUCAUCGUACUUCCACUUUCCAGCUUUUUUUUGCUUCUGGGCGCUUCCGACGGCGAGACCGUUGACUUCAAUGAAAGAGCCUACGGAUGAGUGCAUUCGGGCCACGCACAAAAAAGAAAAAAAAAAGAUAUUGCAAGUCCU